AUGACAUUGCCGAGGCGGCGGCAAUUGCGGCAAGACAUCUCGAGCCUGUUGCAUGCUGCCCCCUGGUUGAAAAAGAGAAAGCACAACAACGACCAGACGCAAGAUCGUCAGGCCGCCCUUACCACUGGUCAUGCUCAGCAGGCUGCCCCUGCCACUGGCCGCAAUACCCAGUCCAUUGACGCGGCAAUCUCACCUGUUCCCGUGACACUCGCCUUCAGCGAAGAUCAGUAUCCCGACGAGGAUGGCUACGAUGAAAACUUCCCCGAUGCCGGACCCGCUACUGACACUCCAUCCUCGUCGGGAUACUUAUCUUCGGGGGUCGCAAGUGGGACACCUGCGAAGCGGAUGGAGACCAUGGCGAUGUCGCUUGACCGCGAUUGA